AGACGGGGACACCAGCCCCUCAGCCUGCCCACCCUUCAGCUGCAGCCAGCAUGGGGGGCCGCUGAGAGCGAGCUCCUCUUCCCUCUGGCACCUCCCCCGGCCACUGGCCACUGGACUCUGGCCAGCGAGGCUCGGCCACCUCUCGCUCGCGGUCCGACGCCUGGCACGGCCCUCGGCUCUGCUCCCCCGGCUCUGAGCAUCGUGUCCCCGCCUCCCCCCGCCCGCGCCUGGGACACCUGGGUCCCCCGGCGGCCCCUAGGAGAGGGGCGGGGGGGGGGGGGCAUGAAGCCACUGGAGAAAUUUUUGAAGAAGCAGACGUCGCAGCUGGCGGGGCGAGCGGUGGCUGGAGGUCCCGGCGGGGGUCCGGGUUGCUGCGGAGGGCCUGGAGGGGGUGGGGGCCCUGGUGGGGGCGGCGGUCCGGCCGGGGGACUGCGGCCACUGCAGCGGCGUCAGAGCGUGUCUCGCCUGCUGCUCCCAGCUUUCCUCCGAGAGCCCCCAACCGAGCCCGGGCUGGAGCCGCCGGUUGAGGAGGAAGGGGGAGAACCAUUAGGGAUCUCUGAGGAGCCGGGCAGUGGGGGGCCCUGUUGGCUGCAGCUAGAGGAGGUUCCCGGGCCUGGGCCGAUAGGAUCUGGGGUGCCCCUGCGCUCUCCUUCCUCGUACUCUUCAGAUGAGCUAUCCCCCGGAGAACCCCUGGCUUCACCACCCUGGGCCCCCCUGGGCGCCCCCGAGCGGCCAGAGCAUCUUCUGAACCGGGUUCUGGAGCGCCUGGCUGGAGGGACCACCAGGGACAGCAGCGCCUCAGAUAUUCUCCUUGAUGACAUUGUUCUCACCCACUCCCUCUUCCUGCCAACAGAAAAGUUUCUACAAGAGUUACACCAGUAUUUUGUUCAGUCAAGGAAUGUGGAGGGCCCAGAGGGGCUGGGCCGGAAGCAAGCCUGCCUUGCUCUGCUCCUCCAUUUCUUGGAUACCUACCAAGGACUCCUGCAAGAGGAAGAAGGGGCCGGCCACAUUAUCAAGGAGCUGUAUCUGCUAAUUAUGAAGGAUGAGUCCCUUUACCAAGACCUCCGAGAGGACACACUGAGGCUGCACCAGCUGGUGGAGACAGUGGAGCUGAAGAUUCCAGAAGAGAGCCAGCCACCCAGCAAGCAAGUUAAGCCGCUCUUCCGACACUUCCGCCGGAUAGAUUCCUGUCUGCAGACCCGAGUGGCAUUCAGGGGCUCCGAUGAGAUCUUCUGCCGAGUCUACAUGCCUGACCACUCUUACGUGACCAUACGCAGUCGCCUCUCAGCAUCAGUGCAAGACAUUCUGGGCUCUGUGACAGAGAAGCUGCAGUACUCGGAGGAGCCGGCAGAGCGUGAGGAUGCCCUCAUCCUCGUAGCUGUUGCUUCCUCUGGAGAGAAGGUCCUCCUCCAGCCAACAGAGGACUGUGUCUUCACCACGCUGGGCAUCAACAGCCACCUGUUUGCCUGUACUCGGGACAGCUAUGAGGCCCUAGUACCCCUUCCUGAGGAGAUCCAGGUCUCCCCAGGAGACACAGAGAUCCAUCGGGUGGAGCCUGAAGAUGUGGCCAAUCAUCUGACUGCUUUCCACUGGGAGCUCUUCCGAUGUGUGCACGAGUUGGAGUUCGUGGACUACGUGUUCCACGGGGAGCGUGGCCGCCGAGAGACAGCCAACCUAGAGUUGCUGCUGCAGCGUUGCAGUGAGGUCACCCACUGGGUGGCCACCGAGGUGCUGCUCUGUGAGGCCCCGGGCAAGCGUGUACAGCUGCUCAAGAAGUUCAUCAAGAUCGCAGCCAUUUGCAAGCAGAACCAGGACCUGCUGUCCUUCUACGCUGUGGUCAUGGGGCUGGACAAUGCUGCUGUCAGCCGCCUGCGGCUCACCUGGGAGAAGCUGCCAGGGAAAUUCAAGAACUUAUUCCGGAAAUUUGAGAGCUUGACGGACCCCUGCCGGAACCAUAAAAGCUACAGAGAAGUCAUCUCCAAAAUGAAGCCCCCUCUGAUUCCGUUCGUGCCCCUGAUCCUCAAAGACCUGACCUUCCUACAUGAGGGGAGCAAGACCCUCGUGGAUGGUCUGGUGAACAUUGAGAAGCUGCAUUCCGUGGCUGAGAAAGUGAGGACAAUCCGAAAAUACCGGAGCCGGCCCCUCUGCCUAGACAUGGAGGCCUCCCCGCAUCACCUGCAGACCAAGGCGUAUGUGCGCCAGUUCCAGGUCAUCGACAACCAGAACCACCUCUUUGAGCUCUCCUAUAAGCUGGAGGCUAACAGUCAAUGAGAGCGGAGGGGCCCGGCUGCCCCCACCUCAGUCCUUGGCACCUGGCACUCAAGCACUUUGUACGAUGCCAUCGACAACCUGCAUUGGACACCUUUUUCCUGGAGCCUUUUCCUAUCCUACAAGGAGGAGUUGGGUUGGCCUACCAGGGCGCAGAAGCCUGUCAUCCUGCUGAGGUCGGCCUCCCGUGCUCCUUCACACUCAAGCUUCUCUCCUGGUGUCUGGCCUCUCUGGGCAAGGGACAGAGCACCUCUCUGCUCUCCAAGUGGGGUCUGUUCCAGAGAUGGAGUUUCUAGCCUCUGCUUCCCAUGCAGGAAGGAAGCCCCCACUCCCAGAUCACAGCUGUGGUAUGGGAGGCACUGGAAGCCUUCCUCCCUGGCAACCGUUUCACUGAUCCCUGGAUAUACACCCCCUAGAAUAUGUGUGUGUGUGUGUGUGUGUGUCUAGUGUCUCUGUGUGUCUGUGUGAUAUACGAUGCACAUGUCCCCUUUUAGGGUGCAGGAGUGCAUCUGAUAAUGUAGGGAGCUGAGAAUGUCACAAGCGUUUUGAGAAUCCCUUCUGUUUGGUGCUACCCUUGUUGGCUAUGUCUCCAAUCACUCCCUGCCCAACCCCACCCACUGUCCUACAUAGGAAGACUGUGGGCCAACCUGUUUCUGAAGGCAGGAAGUAUCAGUAAGCAGAAGAAUUACCUGUCAGUCCCUGCAAAUCCCCCACCCAAGCUUCCCCAAGAUCUCUGGAUAUGUGUCGAUGAGAGGCUCAAAAGAUGCUCAGGGAGAUGCAGGCCUAAGCUGCCUCUGGGACCCUGCCUCUGCCUUAUACUGGGUGGAAUGCAGUGGUAUCCGGAGCUAGGGGUACCUGUUCCCCAGAUCCCUCUGCUUUGGGGUGGGGGUUCUUACUGCUAAGGAGGAAGUUGUCAUCCUCCUCCUGGUUCUGUCUGCCACCAACCAUUGUCUGUCUGUCUGCUUGUCUGUCUGUUUGUCUACCUGUCUUCAUCCCCCUUUGUCUUUCUAUAAAGCCUAGGGUAGAUCUCAAAAACCUAGGGCAGAUAGCUCCUCCCUGCAUGGGGAGAAGAGAGAUGGAGCUGGGCUCUGGCAGGGCCUUUAUUACCUCUCCCGUCACUUCCUCCAAGGCUGAGGGGUUGCAGGGGCUUCUGGCAGCUACUAGGUGAGGUUUCCUGGCACAGCCUCACACUUCCCUCCUUCCUGGCCCUUCUGAAGAGGUAGCAGUAGCCAUGAAAUCAGCUGCAGCUCCUGCUCCGGGAGUGUAUAUAUUUUUUACCCAAAGCUCUGGAAUUGUACAUUUAUUUUUUAAAACCCAAAGAGGGAACGAACCUUGUAUCAUAUGUACACACUGUAUUAUAGGUUAUGUUGUACAGUCCCUUUUAUACAGCAGUUCCUGUGAAAAUAUCCACAGACAUGCCAUACGACUUCCCCAGCCCAUAGUGGUGAUGGUGACCAUGCCAGCCCCGGCCCAUAAUGGUGAUAGUGACCACUCCUCUCCCAUAUUCUGCUGCUUCCCUGCAACCGCUGGCUGCUCCCUGGCAGCCCAGACUUCCUGACUCUCUUCUGUAGCCCUUCAUUAGUCUUCUCUAGUUCCCCAACCCUCCACAAAUACUGCCUCCCCCAGCCCUUGGCUGCUGCUUGCCUCUGGUCGUGAUGCUUGCCCUGCUGAUUCUCAGGGGCCCCAUCCCCAACCCUGUAGCUUUAACAAAGUGAACCAUGUAUGUUGUACAGGCCUAGGUGCCAUUGCAGAAACUGCCCAAUAGGAAAAAAAAAUACACUAAAGUCUAUGAAUGAA